GCGGCACAGGGAGGGGCUUGCCCCUCUAAAGGCUCAGCAAACUCUGCCUGGACGAGCCAGUCGGAUAUGAAAGUUCUGCGCGCGCACGCAUGGCUUUCUGACGGAACAGCAGAACUGUUCGGGACACGGGCGGAUGCGCGCUGGUAGAAACCCAUCUUCUUUGGGAUUACCGCUGACUUCGCAACCUUUCUGAAAAUAUUCUGUUGGUUAAUUUGCGCAAAUCCACCGCGGGAUCCAAAAAGUUCAAAAUGAUGCCCAAACCCUUUGGGAAAAGCGGGGAUAUGAACGAUCUGGUCAGCUCCCUUGGAUGGCUGGAUGAGGAUGGCAGCUCGCAAGAUGGAGAUGAAAGUCCAGAGAUGAGAGGGCGCCACGGCCUGAACGUAGGGGGCCGUGUCCUCUCCUGCACAGAGCUGGGCAGUGAGGACAUGGAUGAAGAGGAUGAUGAGGAGGAGGUCGGACCAAAUGGAGAAAGUGCUCCCAAAAGGAGAGGUCCGAAGAAAAAGAAGAUGACCAAAGCUAGACAGGAGCGCUUUCGGGCCCGCAGGGUCAAGGCCAACGCCAGAGAGCGUUCUCGAAUGCACGGACUGAACGAUGCUCUGGAUAACCUGCGCCGAGUCAUGCCCUGCUACUCCAAAACUCAAAAACUGUCCAAGAUUGAGACUCUACGACUGGCCCGCAACUACAUCUGGGCUCUGUCUGAGGUGCUCGAGAGUGGUCAGUCCCCAGAAAGCCUGGGGUUUGUCGAGAUGCUUUGUAAAGGUCUUUCUCAGCCCACCAGUAACCUCGUGGCUGGCUGCCUGCAGCUGGGGCCCACUCCAGUGAUCCUUAACAAGCUGGAGGACAAGAGUGGAGGCCCCGGAAUGGGUGGUGUGGUUGCUGGACAUCCACUCAGCUACCCUUCCCCAGGCCUUCCCAGUCCGCCUUACGGCUCCCUGGAGGCGUCCCAUCUCCUCCACAUGAAGGGAUACAAAGGCCCCGUCUAUGACAACCCCUCACCAAACGAGUGCAGCACCGGCACCCCUCCCUACGACGGGCCCCUCACUCCCCCCCUCAGCAUCAGCAGUAACUUUGCCCUGAAGCAGGAGCCUUCUCCCCAUGAAUCAGAAAGGAACUUCCCAUCUCACCCUGGCCAGCACGCUCACUUCCUCCCGUCUCACCAUUACAACAGCUCCACCGCCGGCAGCCUGCCGGGAGGGCCUCAAGCCCACCCCAUCUUCCAGACAUCGCGGUAUGAGCUGCCUCUGGACGUGACCUUUGACUCCUUUCCUCCCUCUCACCUGGUCCCCUCUCAGAUGGGCACCAUCUGAAGGAACAGUGACAUUUUCAGAGAAGAAGAAAGGGGAACAGAUCACGUAUGAAGCUGUAAAAAGACUCUUUUAUAGAGAAAACGGUUUGCAUUCAUGCCGUCUGGAACUCUGGGAGAGAAUGCUCAGAAGUCUCCGAAUUAUCUCAACUUAAAACUACCUGAUGCAAACAUGCACCAAUAAAACUGACUGUCCUAUUUAUUUAUUUUUUUCUUUUGAUACUGGAAUAGAAAGUUUUUUGUUUUCUUUUUAAAGUAGCUCCCUCUGUUGUUUGAGAGCGGAACUGGAGAAUUAGUUUAAAAAUAUUGAGAGCUCUGAUACAACAUCUGAAAGUUUACAUAUCAAAAUGAACAAUUGAUUGAAACUGUGCACUGGGGUCAACAGUCCUGAUUUUAAGAAAGCAAUGCAUUAUUUAUAAAUGUAUUUAUUAUUUAUUUCGGCAACAUUUAGUUAUUCAUAUCAGCACUGUUUUCUUUUUACUGUCUUCUUUGUUUGUUACCAUUCUUUUUGUAGCUUUUGAUUUAUUUAAGCUAUUUAUUUGAUGUCUUUCAGGUUGUCAUUCAUUGAUGUUUUCAUUUUUUUGUCUCAGUGUACUGUCAAAACUUGGCUCUUUCGCACUUAAUUGAAUAAAUAUUCUUAUAUUAUAUGCUAUUUCCAUAGUAACAAAGCUUGGCAUGAGUUUUAUUUUUUCUUAAAUAUUAAACUUUCAUCUCAUUUUGGAGUAAAUUUCAGCAGAAUUCUUUGUCCCAAUCGUUGAAGCUACAACUUACUUCCUGCACACAAUAAAUGUGUCACAUUGGGUAAAUGCAUUAAAGCUCAAGGUAUUAAUAGAAAAAACAAGCAUUUAAAGAAAGACAAUUUAAUAUUAUGCUUAUUUGGAUCACAGGUUGCAUUUUUUAAAAGAUGAAAUGAAAAAAAAUGAUAAAAAAGAAUUUUAAAAAAGUUUGAACAAUUUAAAUCUUAGGAGGCAAGAAAAAACAACAAGAAACUUUUAGAUAAUUACAUUAACUUCCACGAAUUUGCCUUUAAAGCCCUAUUUCUAAACACAUUCAUCAUCAUAAACUGAAUUAUAAAAACAUUAGAAAGCUUUAAAUUCAAAUAUUUAG